GGGCGGAGCGGUUCCUUUCAGGCAGGCGCUGGCUGGGCAGUGAUGGCGGACGAUGGGAUUGGAAAGCUAAGGACGAAACAAGGCGACGGCGGCGCUCCGCCGGAGACGGCGGCUACUGCCUCGUCCGGAAGUUGGCUGUGGGGAAGCUGGUUCGACAUGCUAUUUAUCUUGACGCUGGUGAUCGUGACGCUUUUGGCCUAUCAGGUCUACAAGCGCUGGGGCAAAAGGAUCGGAGCGGGGGGCGCGGCGCAACAAAGUCAGGCCCACUCCUUGCCCCGCAUGAAGCGGCGGGACUUCACUCUGGAGCAGCUGCGCGAGUACGACGGCGCGCGGUUGCCGCGCAUCCUUCUGGCCGUCAACGGCAAAGUCUUCGAUGUAACCAAAGGCAGCAAGUUCUACGGGCCCGAAGGUCCUUAUGGAAUAUUUGCUGGCAGAGAUGCUUCGAGGGGACUAGCAACUUUCUGUCUAGAUAAAGAUGCACUCAGAGAUGAAUAUGAUGAUUUAUCAGACUUAAAUGCUGUGCAAAUGGAAAGUGUUAGAGAAUGGGAAAUGCAGUUUAAAGAAAAAUAUGACUAUGUAGGUAGACUCCUAAAGCCAGGAGAGGAACCAUCAGAAUAUACAGAUGAAGAAGAUACCAAGGAUCACACUAAACAAGAAUGAACUUUGUAAAUCACCAAAGUCAGGGGCCUUUGGAACUGUAACCUUUUAUUCCCCAUCAAAGAAUGCCCUACAACUUGGGUACACUUCAUCUACUACAGAAAAUUUGUUUUAUAUAUGAUCCUUUCUGAUGAAGAUUUGAUUAGUAGGCAUUCUUUGUGCUGCCAAACAUUUAUUUUUUCUUUUUUUUUGGGGGGGGGGGGGAUGGGGACGGGACGACAAUUAUCUGUGUCUGGAAAGGCUUCAUUAAUGGGGGCCAGGGAUAUAAAAUGCAAAGAAAGCAAUUUCUUGUAACAUAUUGAAGCCUUUGAACAGUUUAUUAUUUACAGGCUUACGUGUUUCAUGUGUAAUUUUACUUUUUGAGCUCUACAUGGAGAACCUAGUUCUUUUAAGGAAUCUAUAGUUAACGUAGCGGCUGAAACAUAAUAAAUGGGACUGCUCAGACAAAACUACUUCAGAGCUCUGCAGAUCAUAUAGUUUCAAAUAAAAUUCUCCUAAAGGAUAAAAUUUAUUUGCAGACGAUCUGAAAUCUGCCUUCUAUCCUUCUUUUUCCCUGAAAUCAAAAAAUAUUUGUGCCUUAUUUCACUUAGACUUGAAUUGUUUUAAGAGGAAAACCCAAAAUAUAACAUGAGUCACUAAAAGCAGCAUUGAAGAUUGGCUAGAACAGUCAGUUAACUGGAACAGUUGAUGUCAUUUUGUAUAUAGAAUAUAAAGUAAUACACAGUAUUAUAGAUAUAUAUAGAUAUAUAUAUAAAUAAUGUGUGUGUGCGUCUAUAUACAUACACAUACAAACUUUAAAGAGUAUAAUGGCCAAAUGCAUUCUCCCUUUGCUUUUUAAAUAAGCUCUAUUAGUACUUUUUCCAUCCCCAGGGAACUCCUUACAAGGUGAGGAGCCUAACCUCAUAUCAUUGUGAAAUGAGGGUGUGCAUGGAUGUGGGUGCUUGAGUGCAAAAAGUGGGAGGAUGGUUCCUACAGAUACUGUAAAUAUGAAUACAAUUUUAAUAAAGCAUGUAAAAUAUCAAAUGUGCUGUCAGACUUUAUGUAGAUGCUGAAAAGCUAGUAUUGGUGGCUAGGACUUUGUGUUUCAGGACAAAAAGAAAGAAAAUGACUUAAUAUUUUUGCACUGUAUUAAAUAAACCAUUGGCCAGAUAUUUUUAAAUAAUUUCAUCAUUAAUUGUAAUAUAUAAAAUGCAACAGUUUCAGUGAAUAAAAACUGGCAUAUAUCUGCAUAGAACAUAUAUCUGAAAAUGCUUUGGUGAAUAUGUCCUUCUCCUUUCCUAGCCUAUUAACUGCAUCACUUUUUAUUUUUUUGAUGUAGCAAGUACUUUCAGAAAUGGAACUUAAAUUAUCUUCCAUGUUUUGCAAACUAGUCAGAACACUAAUCCAGUUGUGGCAUCUAACAUUAAAAAGAAAAAGCAUGCAAUAAAACGAGUCUGGCAAGAGGGAAAUGUGAUCUUCAGUAUAUCUGUUAAGAGUGUUUUCUACAAAAAAAUGUGAAAAGUAUCUGGUCCCAAAUGACCAAAUAGUUCUGGCCUUUGCUCAGGUUGGAUUGUAAAUAGUGAUUAUCGAUAGUGUCAAUAGAAAAAUACUGUUCCCCCCUUUUUCGAUGUAAACCUUUUGUUGCAUUUAUUUUUAAUGUCUAAGCCUCCAUUGAUGAACCAGUUAUAAUUCUUCCACUCCAAAAUUUUAUUCUAUAAUUGAAAUUAUGCGGUCUGUUUUGAGAAAUGAACAAUUUGUGUUCUUUUAUAAAAAAAAUAAAAGUGUUCUGUAGAUAUAUUGUUAGUGUUGUACUUCUCAUUUCAUUAUAGGGAAACAAUAGUGUAAGGAAAUCUUGGCCUCAUUUGAGGUAGACAUUGUCAGUAUUUUUUUUGUUAAUGAUUUUUAUUUGGGAUGGUUCUGUCAUUCUUCAUGCUGUUUCACCAAUUUAAUGUGUGCAUUUGUGCAUACAAAUCAGCAAGAAGAAUGUUGUGCUUUUAAAAUGUAUUGUCAGUAAUUUUGUUAGCCUUCACUUUGCUUAACAUCUCUGAAGGCCCUCAAGGCUCCAGCCAUUAUGCAUAUUUCUUCGCAUAUAUCACAUCCCCACGAGUUAAAAGUAGAUGUCUAAAAUAUGUAAACAUGCUGAAUUUCCUUUACAAGAGAAGCUUUUCAUAUUACUUAGUUUUAAGAGCAAAGGGAGUCAUAACUAGAAACCUGCAAGUUGAACUAUUUCAUAUUUCUAAGCUGUCCAAUUUCUCAAUUCUUGGUGGUGUACAAAUUUAAAACCAAAGAAAUGCAACAUCAAGCUAAUGAAAAAGCAAGAUGAUCAUCCUAGAAAUAAAAAUUCCCCCAGCCCAUCUUAACUCAAAGACUGACGAAAAAGCCAGGUUUCCAGCACUUAUUUAUAUAGGAAAACAGGGUAAGGAUCAUUCAAAUUUCCAAAGCAAAGCUGUGACAGAAAAGACGGGUCAUGGCUACAUUGUUCAAAAGAUGGGGUGCAGAACAUGCCAAAUCAAAUCUUACAGGAUGGGCAGAUACAGCAAAACAUGGUUUCUCAAAAUUACUAUGUGCUAUAAGAACCAAGGGUUUGUAGGUAAUAAUCAGCAUUUUGAAUUACCCCUGUAAUCCUAAUCAGUGUGGUUUGCACAGUAGAAUAAUGCAGACAUUUUGCUGUUGAAUUUAGCAAACAAUUUUAUUGUUUUGUUUCAUGCUGCCUGUAUAAAAUUGAUACCAAUUCUGAAGCCCCUCCCAAUUUUAGUGCUAUAUGGGUGGAGUGCUAUAUGAUCUUCAUCUGGCAUGGUCACCAGAUGAAAUGUCACCAUUUCUUGAUAGCUUAAUUUUCCAAUUGGUCUUAGUGGACAGCCCUACAUAGAGCACAUUAUAACCUCUAAGGCAUGAAUGAACAUGAGAAAGGUUCAGGAAUGGGUGCAACUAACAGACAAGGUAAAUUGAGCAAAGACUUCCCUAGCUACAGCUGUCAUUUGAACAGAUGCUAAAGACUUCCACAUUACAUAGCAGUAUAAUGCAACAUUCAC